GCUCUUGCAGGUAUAAACGCGACUCUUUUGCUUCCAGCCGACUCCAUUUCCACUCGUCCCGUCGCCUUUUUAGGUCGAGUCGGAUUCCAGAAAAUCUAUGAGUGUCUUUUUUCCCCCCAAAGCAAGACUUAUUAAAAUGUGUUACAGGAAUGCCCAAGGAAAAAUAUGACCCGCCGGAUCCCAGGCGGAUGUACACAAUAAUGCCCAGCGAGGAGGCAGCCAAUGGGAAGAAGUCAUAUUGGGCUGAGCUGGAAAUUAGUGGUCGAGUAAGAAGUCUCAGCACUGCCCUGUGGUCUCUCACCCACCUCACUGCCCUGCACCUCAGUGACAACUCGUUGUCACGCAUCCCGCCAGACAUUGCCAAACUUCACAAUUUGGUGUACUUGGAUCUUUCAUCCAACAAGAUCAGGAGCCUGCCGGCAGAGCUCGGCAACAUGGUGGCUCUCAGGGAACUGCUUUUAAAUAACAACCAGUUGCGGGUUCUGCCGUUUGAAUUGGGAAAACUGUUUCAGUUACAAACACUGGGGUUAAAAGGAAACCCACUUGCACAAGAAAUUAUGAGCCUCUACCAGGAACCCGAUGGCACGAGAAGACUGCUCAACUACUUGUUAGACAAUCUGGCUGGGGCUAUCAAGCGCAUUCCAACAGAGCAGCCCCCAGCCCGAUCGUGGAUUUCUCUCCAGGAACCAGACCGAGCACGGGCAUCAGCACUAUUCUCUGUCAUGUGCUACAACGUGUUGUGUGAUAAGUACGCCACAAGGCAGCUGUACGGCUACUGCCCCUCUUGGGCUCUAAACUGGGAAUACAGGAAGAAGUCCAUCAUGCAAGAGAUUAUGGGCUGCAAUGCGGACAUCAUCAGUUUGCAGGAAGUGGAGACAGAGCAAUACUACAAUUAUUUCUUGCCUGAGCUGAAGGAGCAGGGUUAUGAUGGGUUCUUCAGUCCAAAGUCACGAGCUAGGACCAUGUCAGAGUCGGACCGCAAACAUGUGGAUGGGUGUGCAAUUUUCUACAAGACAGAAAAGUUUAGUGCAGUGCAGAAACACACAGUGGAGUUUAACCAGCUGGCAAUGGCAAACUCAGAGGGCUCAGAGGCCAUGUUGAACCGCGUGAUGACGAAGGACAACAUCGGGGUUGCCGUACUGCUCGAAGUCCGCAAAGAGAUGAUGGAAGUCUCAUCUGGAAAGUCACUGCACGGCAUGGAGAAGCAACUGCUGCUGGUAGCCAACGCCCACAUGCACUGGGACCCGGAAUACUCUGAUGUUAAGCUGGUUCAGACCAUGAUGUUCCUGUCAGAAGUGAAGAACAUUGUGGACAAGGCGACGCGCAGCCUCAAGUUGUCCUCUGUCUCUGGUGAAACCAAUGGCAUUCCACUGGUGCUCUGCGCUGACCUCAACUCUUUGCCUGACUCUGGCGUGGUGGAGUACUUAAGUACGGGUGGAGUUGACUGCACCCACAAGGACUUCAAGGAGCUUCGCUACAGUGACAGUCUGACCAAAUUCAACUGCAACGGCAAGAACAGCACGUCCAACGGCAGGAUCACCCACGGCUUCAAGCUGAAAAGCGCUUACGAGAACGGCCUGAUGCCUUACACCAACUACACAUUUGACUUCAAGGGUGUCAUCGACUACAUUUUCUAUUCCAAGCCUCACCUGAACGUCCUGGGCAUCCUGGGCCCUCUGGAUCCUCACUGGCUGGUAGAGAACAAUGUCAGCGGCUGUCCGCACCCUCACAUCCCCUCUGACCACUUCAGUCUUUUCACCCAGUUGGAGCUGCUCUUGCCCAACGUGCUCCCCCAGGUCAAUGGUCUCCAUUUGCCUGCACGCAGGUAGUGAGUCCCUGCCACUCCACUGGGGGGGAGGGGGCCUCUCUGCCCUCCCACGACCAGCUCUUCCCUCUGCCACCCCCAGAGGAGAGCGGCAAAAAAAAAAACAAAAAAAAAAAAACACAACCUGUAAAAUACUCAUACAGUGAGGUCUGGCCAACAGGGAUUUCGUAUGAUGUUAUAGAUAUUCUAUAUUUUUCCUUUUUCUUUUUUUUUUUUCUUUUUUUUUUUUUUAACUGCUCAAUUCAGUCCAAUUUGUGUAUCAUAUUUUGUCUUCUGGACUCCCUUUCCCCACCCAUUUGUACACAUUACUUUCUUCUCACGCUACACAGGAUGCUAGCUCAUCCCGCGUUUUUCGACGCGAGAGGGAGGGCCACGUUUAGUGGAGAAGCUUCCGAGCCGAUGUGUGUGUGUCUUGUCUGUCUGUCGGUCGGUCUCUGUUUGUCUGUCUGUCCUGUAUAAACCUGAAACCAGCAAAGACGGCAGACGUGUCACUCUUUACACCUCCAUCGCUCGGCAAAGAGGUCUGGUUGUCAGGAGUCGAGACGGAAGCUUUUCCCCGCUGUCGUUUUGUGGUGCUCGGGGCCCUGUGGAGUGCUGACGGCCUCCUGUGGUGCUACACCUGACCCCUGCCCUGGUGCAAUAGCUCCCACACUUCACACAGCCUGGGGGGAUGCUUUGAGAAACCGCUACCAACCUAAUUUUAGACUUUUUUUGGUGGUGUUGUUAGUUAAGUCUUGCGCUAUACAGCACUCUCAGCCUGCACUUCAUUUUAGGUUAAGGGCAUUUGGGGAUUUUGGUCUUAUUGCUUCUAGUCAGCAAGCAAGAAAGCAAGUCACGGGUGGUACGACCAGCAUUCCUUCCACUGUCCAGCUCAACGCAUACUCUCUCCCUCUCUCACACACACAAACACACACACACACACAAACCUGUAGCACUGUCUCGACGGCCAGUAGUGAUCUUCCUGCUUCUUCAGUCCCACACAUGCUCACAUGACAUCAGUGUUUUUGUUAGUUUUUUUUCCCCACAAGUGUUUGUACAGAAUCAAAAAACGUAGACUCAGUCUUUACAUGAUUGUAUAUGAACCACAGAAGACUUGUUUUCUGGUGUUUUUUGUACCAAGAGUGAAUUAUGAUCCCAUUUGAGAGAAGAUUGUAUGUAAACUAUGGCAAAAUUUUUAUCCCAUUCAUGUUGCGAUGAAAUUGAUGACCAGCUUGUACAAAUGACGUAAGCAGAAGAAGAGGUUGUUCAUGGUGUUUUUGUCACAACUUUGCACUCCUUUUCGAGAUUAACAUCACAUAGUGUAUUUGUUGUUUUUUUUUAAGCCCCGCCAUUACAGCUUUCUGCACUAUUUGGUUUGUUUGCGGCAAUUGUACAUAAGACACUGAGUCGACGUUGCCAUUCAUCAUCCCCACCAGCUCAGCUCCCAUCAACAUACACGCACCUAAAUGUGGCGUGUGACUGACACCCAGUAAGAAUCCCAUGUCCAAGCAAACAUCGUGCCUCAUCGUAGCAGUCGUUGUCUUGCACUACUAAACAUUCGACAAACGCCUGAACAACCUUUUCUGCUUUUAUUUUUAAAUACUGAGACGUUUGUGAUGAUUUUGUCCUUUUGUUUUCUUGUGAAAAGUUGGUUCUCCUUUUUUUACGAGCUGUGACAAUGUUAAUGAUGUUGUGUGUAUUCCUUUUCUUUUGACUCCCCCCAGUAAUCACGUAUGUGUGUGACUCCCCCUCCUUAGGAUCAGAGUUGUCUUUUAUUUAGUCAUCUUUGUACAUUAGCAUAGCUGUGCUACUUUUCUUUCAUGGCCAGAUCAUCUCCAAGUUUUAAAGAAUUCCACCCAAAUUUGCCCCUCACCCAGAUGACCACCCCCACCCUGCCCUCCAACCUUUAGUCGAGGUGUGUCAUUUUAAAUCCCAUUUGAGCAACCACUUUGUAUCAUUGUCACACACGCGUCGCUGCAGCUACUGUGCCAUCCGUGGACACCCCCCCUCCCACAGCCCAGUUCUCCUUUGGUUCCUCCCUUCCGUAAAAUGUCAGCAACGACACCCGACCUGGCUUUUAAUCCCACAGGAAGACGAGCACUUAGUAGACCUUAACCCCCGCCUGACUCCUCCACAUCAUUAACGUCUCACCACUUGUUUUAAAGCCAGGGAAGCAAAGAAAUAGGAAGUAUGAAGUUAGUCUUCAGAGGUCUUUCCUGUCCUGUUUGUUUACCUCCUAUAUGUUUUUAACUGAAAACCAACAGUGUCCACUUCUUUCCCUUUCCUUUUCCUUGAAUGGCAUUAGUAUUGUAGUAGAUUAAAAGGCUAGCUUUUUUUGUAAAGUGUGAAUAAAAGAUGUAUCUCAUGUUUCCUUUCUAAGAUGAUAUUGUGUUGAUGUAUAAAUUGAAUUCUACAACGAUAUUGUUUGCUACUUUUUAGUACUUUCCCAUUGUAUGCGCUUACCCUGCCACAAACCAAAUCAUUUGUAGAUGUGGAGAGGAGUUGAAUGUUCCGGAAUGAAGGAUGGGGUGUUUUUGGAAUCAGGAAGGCCAUAUCGUUUGGUGUUACGGACUCAACCCCUGCCCCUAUUUUUUUUAAUUCGUGGAAUUGUAGCUUUUCAGCUUUAUUGCGUAUAUUUUGCCUGGCACUAGCUGGAGAGUGCUAGUGCCUGAAGGUGAGGGCAGCAGAGCUGACCUCCUUGUGGCUGCUGAGCUUAUGAUGUACCGCUGGUCGCCAGACUGACUGCUCUUGUGAUAAUUUCUUUAUUUACUUUUUGUUUUUCUUUUAAUAUCCCAUCGCUUGAUUUCAUUUGAUUUAAUACGCUUCCCUCGUGAAACGCAGACUGCUCCCUCUGAGGGCCUAAUCACAGAGCAAAACAGUGUGAUCAUGUUGUGCUUUGUGAUUUUUGCGUUGUGCUCCUUUAUGCCUAGAGUGAUUUAGUUUCCCCAAGCUGCAUCUUUUCUUGUUACGGUGCACACCAAAGCUUCUCGUAGUUACAGAUCAUAUUUUCCAUCCAAAUUACGUGAGAUGUCGGGCUGCAAGGAAUGUUUUCCUUGAACUGACUCAAUUAGGCUUUCACAUAAUUGCAUCCCUUUCAGAAAAAUGGCAAUAAUACUCUCAACAUUCUCACACAUUUUGUAGGCGUUUUAUGCGGAGAUUAAUGUAGCUUCUCUCGUCCUUUAACACUGCGCUCACUGUAGUUAGCUGAUGCAUUGAUUUCACCUGUAUAUUUGCUCAUCUCCUUCCCCUGCUGACCUCGUGCUAGUUGUUCAAUGAUCAGGAUUGUCUCUCUCUAGUCAGCUGAGUACAUUUUAUUGAUCUGUCACUGUGUUUAUGCACUGGACCAACUAUUGUUUACCAUUCAUUAAAUACCAGCAAAGAAAAAAAAGUAACUGAUGACAAAACACUUGCACAAUGUUGUAGAAUGUCCAUUAACCCAGACAAGAAAUCAAGGCAGCUCUUUUCAAAUCAGCAUAUUGUUUGAAAAAGGAACUGAAUGGUAAACAAUGUUUUCUGUUGUACACUUAGCCGUCCUCUCAAUUCUCUUUGGACUAGUUUUGUACUCCCCCCUUGACUACAGGUUCUGCUUGUUUCCUUUUCACCUACCUAUGUAUUUUCCUACUUCUUGUUCAGAAUAAAUUCUAUAUUAUCUGUUUCAAGCUGUGUCACCUUUUAUUCUUUGCAAUGAAUAUUGGAAAUAAAUUCUAUAUCUGUUCUCA